CGCUUGUGAUCACUAAGUACAAGGAAGAGAAUAGGGUUUCGCUUUGACGUGUAAGUACAAUUACAAUUAGUUUUGUGUCGAGUGACGUUCGUGUCUAGUAGCAGCAGCUUCACCUCCGCGUUCAUCGCAUCGUUUUCCAACCAUCGUUCAGUUUUGCCUCCUCGUCCUGGGGACCGACGAUCAUGUUCGCUCCCCCACUGCGUUUUACGACAACCCGGGACCCUCCGGGCACGUCGACCCACAUUUCGCAUCUGCAAAGGCAGUACGAAAAGUUGGAGUCGAAGAUGAAAUCGUUGCGCGAGCAGCAGAAGAAGAGGAAGCUGGUCCGCGGCAUGAUCUCCGGUUUGGGCAACGACCGGCCCGUGACGAUCGACCCCGUCUUUGAGGAGUGCCGUCGGAAGCGCCUCCAGUGGACCGUGGAGAGCAAGGAAAAUGACAACAACGAGUCGCAGAGCCUCUUCGCUCACGACCAUCAAGGCUACAUCAAUGCGCAGCAGCAGCCCUCCGGACUGAACGUGUCCAGUCUUUUCGGGAUCAACAAGAGUCGGAUCAGCACGAAAGGAGACCAGGGGAUGAACCUGUCGCCCGGGAGUGCACGAAACAGUAAGGACAGCAAGACCUCUACUACGCGGCACAUGAAACGGAAACUUUCCUCUAACACUUCGCGGUCCUUUCAGCAGGUGCGGGAGCACAGUCAGGUGCUGGAAAUAAAUGCAGCGGGAUCCUCCUCCGGAGAUGAAGAGGCCGCCGCGGGGACUGGAAGGGGCGUCCAGGCGGAACGCCAGCAGCAGCUGCAUCCCGACGCGACUGGCAACUCAUCUGUGCAGACGCGGAGUCAGGGGUACGACGAGCAGGAGGAAGCUGCCGGUUUAAAAACGGCUCGUCGCCGGAGCCGCUCACCCUCGAGGCCCAGUGGAGACUUGUUGCUACAACAGAACAACAACUUGCCAGAAGCGGGCGGAACAAAUGCGAACCACGCGACUACCGCACGGAGGAGGCACAGUGGAAAUAAUAUUAAGGGCGGGAACAAGCCUGAUGUCGUCGGGCCGUCCUUCCGGCAGAAAAAUCAGGGCUUGGAACGGCGCAUUCUGCUGACCACGGCUGCGGAACUGAGCCGAGAACGCAAUGAGGUGGUGCGGGAGACGGCGGACUGCAUCAAGCAGGUGGUCGACAACACGUACAGUGUGAAGCAGAACCUCGAGGAGCGCACGGAACAGUAUCUGAAAAAGGUGGUAAAUCAGUGGCCGGUCUGGUACGAGCAGGUACAGCAGGUGCGGGAGAGUGUGUUGCACGAAGGAGAGCGCCUGAGCACGCUGAAGUGGAACGCAGAGCACUGUCAGGAGAUUGCGGCCGUGCAGCGAGGGCUCGAAGAAUUUCGUCGUCAGAUCGCUGCAGAAGUCGCGCGCACAAAUGUCGAAGAUUUGGAAGAUCCGGCGCUUGAAGAGACCACUGAUCAUGAAGAUAAAAGAGGGCACGACUUGGAUAUGAGCAAACAAGAAAAUCGUGCCGCAGGGGACCCAGAUAGCAUCGCGGAUCAUGCCAGUCCUGCGCUCGGAGGGGGAGGCACCAGCGCUGAGAGCAAGGGAAAAAGCUCCAAGGCGCAUGGGAGGCGGCCGGACGGAGCUGCAGCGCAGCUGCGGAAACCGCCCGCUUCUUUCACCAAUACUGCCAAAACAAAUGCGGGCGACGACAAGCACCAGUGGUUAGCGGACUACUUCGAGAAGUUCACACGGCCCCUUGCAGCGUCGUCCAGUGCCGGUGAAACCUCCGUGCCGCGGGACGAAGCCGCGAAGGCGGAGGCGCGACGGUUGCGCGACGGGCUGCGUGCCAUGUACCAGCGGUUGCAGCAGCUGGAAGCGCCCUUGAGCGAGGAGGAGAAGCUUGUGGCGCAAAAGGCGCACGCUGCAGCACGGGCAGGCACGGUAUUUCCAGAGGGCGAAGAGCAGUUUCACGCUCCGGUGGUGUUCCGAGGCCAGGAUCUUCACGCCGGCCGCGCUGGUGUGCAAUCGGCCCCGGUGCAGUCGCUGGUGAGCAAUUUCAUCCAAGAAGAGGCUGACGCGCUCGGGUUGUCGCCGGAGGUUGCACGUGAUCAUCUUCGCAAGGACCUCCAGGGAAGCAAUGCGCGCUUUGCCGCGGCGGGUGGGAAGAACGAUUUGCUGAGGAGCACGCCGUCACUGAUUGACCCUACCCCACUGUCGAUGAAGCAGAAGGCUUCGCCGUCGAUACUGAUGGCUUCGAACAACGGUGGUUUGCAACCGGUCCCGGGUGAUCAUUCGAGUCGGCAGUACACGCAAGCGCAAGUUCGGACACAGCAGAUGUUGCCGGCACAUAUUAACCGCGCCAGUAUGGAUCAGGUUGUGAUCGAGCCCCCAGAGCAAGAUCGCUCGUACCUGCACCCGACGCCGCAAAGGGAGCACAAACCCGGCAACUUUCUCACACCAGAUCUCGGUCGAAGAGGAGAAAAUCUCGUAGAGGCGCUUUCCAGUACAAAAAGCCGUUUUUAUUGUAGUGGGCUUGUAGUUGUGCAACGAUAUUAGCCAAGAGAACUGAUGGUGACGUUCCAAGAAGUGGCAUGAAAGAAGAACUGUAGGGCUCGGCUUUUUACUUACUAAAACAGCACAAGUAUGUACUUGCGACAUGCUCUACAUCUACAUAAGUACAUCAGCUAUACUCAUUUCCACCCGUAUCUAUCGUAGGUGCGCGCACCCAGGAUUCGGAUGCGAGCCAGGACCUUCUUUCGAUCGCGCACGACUACCAAAAGUCCCGCAACGCGUCGGAGGUGCCUGCCCACAGUUCCCCUCGGGACAGCGGGAUUCCCACCGGCGGCCAGUCCUCCCAUUCUUCCUCCAAGGACCUGCCGGUGCGCUUUGCGGACCUGCAGCAGGGAUUGGCACAACAAGGGCCGCAUCAGCUACAACAGCAGCAAGUUCUCGCCACCUCCGAGCAAAACACAUCCGGUUCGAAGAGUCGCUCGAGUGACAGUCACUUGGAUGCGCUCCACCGCGGUCUGAUGGGCGGCGCAACCGGUGAAAGUAUUCUCAUCGGCCAUCGACAGUCGGUAAAUGCGGCUGGUGCUGGUAGUGCUGCUAGCAACACCUUACAGCCCGAAAUAAAUUCCCGCAUUCUGGUCAAUAAUGUGUUUCAGCACGACUACGAGGAGAGCAAAGACGACGCGUCUUCACGGGCGAAUAUCUCCAGCAUUGUGGCGGAGGGGUCCGCGGUGUACAACAAGCAGAGCCUGGAUUUCCAGAAAUCCGUCAUGAUCGCCGACCAGGAGAUCCUGGACGAUUCUUCCGACGACGGCGGCGUCUUCGGCGGGGGUUCCUCUUCGCAGAGUAAGGAUCGAGUAAAUUACCCCCCAGGUGGUGGACAAGGCACUGAAGAUAUCAACGCGCACAUCCUCGGUAGCGACGAGUCCAGCAACAGAGAGUCUACCUCGCCGAAGCAGUCCGAAGCGACGAUCCGGCAGCCGAAUCUGAUGACGGCUCGGGACUCGACGCCCGGCACGCUGAACCAGACCAGCCAGAGUAUCAUCGAACAGCAAGUACUAGCGAGGAGUGCGGAGCGAGAUGAACAGCGCUUCGUCUCUCAAUUACCAGCGGUAAGUAGCAAGACCGGCACGUCGAAAACCAGCAGUGCUAGCAGCGAACCGGUCGUCCGUGAGGUGGGCCAGAGGCAGCAACUACAAACCUUGGACGCGAACACCGCAGCUAACGCUGUUACAUCCUCUUCCCAAUCCCAGUCGCAUGCCACGUCGAACAGCCAGACGUAUUUUGUGACCCCGAAAACCAUCAAUACGUCCACCUCGUCCUCCUCGAAAUACGGCGGGUCGGCCGCGAUUCAGAAGAUCUCGUCCAGCAACGCGUCGGACAGGCGGUCCCGUGCCGGCGACUUCUCGGUGUCGAACUCGCUGCGCCGCCAGGUCAGCAGCGACCUGUCCGUGAAGCUGUUCUGUUUCGCGUUUCUCGCGGAGCUGGUCGAGGAUCAGCUGCAGGACGUCGCAGAUUUGCGAAGCUAUCUCGGCAAGGAGGUGUUUGGCCAGCAGCUCGGGCGACGGGAAACGUACGAUUUGGAUUUCAUCUUCCGGUUUCUGCUGGACAUCCAAGACCACGCCGAGGAAACGAUUGAAGAAUUCUUCGAGGCGGACAAUCUCGGUAUGAUUUAUCUAAGAUUGUUCGAAUCUAUAUAUAGAAAUUUCUUAUAGUGUCACCACGUUUAUUUGUAUGCUAGUUUGUCUUCGUGUUGGUGUUCGUGUUUGUGCAUGGUUUAUUGAAGCGCAAGCCAAGUGUACUAUAGGAACAAGAACAUAAUUUUCAUCCUCAGCUGUGGAGCACAUCCACGCGGCGUUGUUUUUGGUUCCGGAGGACGCCAACCCGCAAUUUCAGAAGGUGAUGAAGGAGCACUGUGCUUUUCUCGAAGCGCGCCGGGGGAAGCAGAUCCUGGAGCAAAAUUGCGAGUGGUACCAGAAGAGGAGUCAGCUGGGCUCCUCCGCCCCUGGGAGCAAGCAAUCCGUCAGCAGUGGCGGGCCCGCGGGCGGUGCUGGUGGAAAUACAGGGAGUAAAAGCCGGCCUUUGCAACUGAACCCCGCGUUUCUCGGAACCUCUGUGGUCGCGGUGGAAGAGAGCGAGUUCGCAGAGAUUUCAGAUCUGUAGGAAGAACGAUGGAUGUUAACCAGCAGAAGUAAAGUAGCAAUAGCUGCCCAUCUACUUCAGAAAUGACAUCAAUGAGCAUGUUGCGCUCUGUUCGUCGAGAUCUUUGCUUUUGAAUGAACCAAAUGACGAAGCAGGAGAGCUCAUAAAUCAACGCUGCCCUCUGUUGCAAUUGUCCCACGGUUUGAGAAUUUUUGUUUCAGCUAGUACUCAGUCUGCUGUUGUUCUUGCAGCCAGGAAGCUGUAAUCGCUGAUGCAAUGAUGCAGGGGUCAUUCACAUGCGGUAGUUACGGAAACGAAAGCGAAGUACGUAGAACUGCCAUAUUCACGUAAUUGAAAAUAGAAGACGAGUAUUGUUUUCGCUCUGUAAAAUGCC